AUGACAUUCCGUUUCUCUCGUGGUUUGAUUCAGUCAUGUCGUUCUUACCAUGCCACUAGCCUUCCUACAACGACGAUCCCAAAACUCAAUCGAGAUGUUACCCGCAUUGGCUUUGGUGCUUACCGUGUCUCUCAGCCCAAACACAGAGAGGCACUUGAGGCAGCAUUGAAGGGCGGUGUGUCGAUUGUUGACAUGGGAUCUAACUUUGAGAAUGGUGCUGCUGAGAAAUUGGUGGGAGACACCUUACAGGGAAUGAAGGGCCAAUUAGAUCGUAAAGAUAUAACGUUGGUUAGUAAGGCUGGAUAUAUGAACAAGACAGACACUAGUGAGCUUGGACCAGACGAUUAUGUGCAGAUCAACGAAAAAAGCUAUCACGGUAUAUCGCCUCGGUUGCUUGAACAACAGUUGGCCAAUAGUCUUUACAGACUCUCGACAGACAGAUUGGAUGUGUUUAUGAUCAAUGCACCCGAACGUAUGUUGUCUUCAAAGAACAAGCCUUAUGGUCGUAAACAACUCUACAGAGAUUUGGGAAAUAGCUUUGAAUACCUAGAUGGCUUGGUUGCAGCAGGUGUGAUUGGAGGAUAUGGCGUGUGUUCGAAUACAAUGGCCCUGCCGUCUGCAGUAGACCAUGUAUCACUCGACGAUAUCAUAAAGGCAUGCAAGCGCCCCGACAAUCUUGUUGCGAUUGAGGUUCCAUUUAACCUCUAUGAGCGUGAGGCUGUGGUGUCUAGUUCAGUUCAGCAUCUGUCCGCACCAGAACACACGGUGGCUGAAAUAGCAAAUGAACAUGGCAUUCAUCUGAUGACCAACAGACCAUUGAAUUCUAUUUCAAAUGGACACAUUCGAACACUAGUAAACCACGACCCCUUUAGCUCAGGAUCAGCUGAGCAUGACAUGAUGGAAAAGAUGACCAAUUCGUUCCAACAAGUAUCUGAACUUGAGUCUGAACUCAUGUCUGAAUUGCCAUUAGAAGAAGAGAGUCUUGUAGCCAAGUUUGUCUGGGGACAGGUACUUUCGGAGAACCUUGCUCGCCUGGCCCAGAACCACUUUGCAACCCAACAUUAUCUUCAACUUCAGGUGUCUCCUGCGGUUGAUAGGGAUCUUGACACCCUCAAAGAAUAUGCAACUGACCAGGAUGCAUCUCUCCAGCCAGCAUUUGAGGAGUGGGCCGCCAAAUAUCGACAGGCUAUUGAUCGACUGGUAGAAGAUAUUGUGUCAUAUGCUUACAUUGACACUCUUCGUAAGAACAAUGAACUCGAUCGAGUACUUGAUGCAUUGUGCCCCUCUUUUAAGAAGCACCCAGAGGCGCACUCCCCAUUGUCAGUCAAGGCACUCGAGUUUCUGUUAGCCCAUUCGCGAGUCGGAACUGUGAUGACAGGGAUGCGGGAUCCUGCCUAUGUGAAAGAUGGACUGUUAGCAGCCCGCACCCAUGCACAACACCCACUGGAUGACGAAGACAUAAUGGAUGUAUGGCGCUGUCCAAUCUUUGAAUAA